UAAAAAAUCCGAAAAGGGAAACGUUAACAUUUUAACAUGUUUAGUUGUCUCAUGAUCUGUUUUGGUAAAUAUCCGUAUCGUUAACUCAAAAUUUGUUACUCUGAUAUACUUUUUAAUGUAUAGUAUGAAUAUAUAAUUGGUAUGAAGGGGUAUCAUUUUAUUUGAUAAAUCAAUAUAUUAUGUUGAAUGUUGGCUGUUUGACAACAUGACAAUAAGUAUUUAAAAGUGUCUCAUUAAAAUUAAGACAUUUGAAAAAAGAAUACCAAUUUUUUAGAUAACGGUAAAGUAGUAGACUUUGUUGAAAUUAGAGUUUCUUUAAAAAAAUUUUAAUCAAAAUAAAAAUUUCGCAUUGUAUUUCUUUAUGUUGGAAUACGUCAAUGGGAAAAGUAUGAAUUUUUCUAAUAACGUUUUGCCGUUUUCACCAGAACAAUCACCAUCUACAGCUUUAAAUUCAAUAUUAUCGUUUUUAGAAUGGGCUCCCGAUCGAAGAGAAGCGUUAAAACAAAAUGCCACAGCUAUUUGUUUGGCUUUGCAGAUUCCGGUAAAUAAUGAAGAUUCAAACUAUCUUUCAAAUAUUUUAGAAACCAUUUUACAACCUGCUGUGGGCCCACAAUUCUUUGACACAAAAAAUUCCGAAGUUUUUUAUACCACUAAUACUAAUGAAGUGGCUGUGGUGGCAAAUACUCUUGUACCUCCUUAUAACAAUGGUACCUCACAAUUAACGUCUCAGUCCAAUAAUUCAGAAAAUUUAUUUCAUCAAAGAAGUUAUGAAACUUUAUUCGAUACCCUUUCCACACAACAAACACCGGAUACCUCACAAAACCUUUCAAACACAAAUAUGUCUAUGAAUUCAUCAGGAUUUGAAGACUGUUGUGCCGAAGAUGUCUCUGCUUAUGUCAGAACAUUUAAUGAAAUGUUUUUAACAAAUCAUUAUAAAUUACCCUCUUCAAAUAUCCCUGACAUUUCAUUAACUAUGACAGACCAAAAACCUGAAACAACAAGUACUUAUAUUUCUUCCACCACCGAAAGUGUUAAUAGCUUUAGUAUGGUAGCAAAUCCUGUUUUUAACUAUCCAAAAGAUAUAAAGAAUAAUAAGAGUGAGCAUGUGUUAUGUAAAGAUAAUUUAAAGGAAUCAGAUCAUUCAUCUCCCUGUUUCACAAACUUGUUUUCAAAUGAUGCAAGAGACAAUUGUCCACAUGAUGAAAAUCAAUCAAAUUUAAUGAAAAAUACAUAUCCUUAUUUGUAUUGGAAUAAUGGUGUAUCCUGCUCUAAAGAUUACGAUACUAAUCAAUAUAAAGAAAAAAAUCCUACAUCUUGUUCUGUUUAUUCAAAAAAACCAGCGCAUACCCAAAUCAAUGAUUUCCCUUCCCAUUCUAUAAAUUGUAUGACAAUCCGCUCGAAAUCAGAAGCAUUGAAUCAAAAAAAUUUUUAUAUACCAAUAGAUUAUCAUGAUAAUACAAAAUCGACUCAUCAACCUUCGAAUAGCACUAGGGAUUCUUACUUAGAUUCUUGCGUUCAAGAAGCCCAAGUGGAUGUCAAUGGUAAACAAAAAUCCAUGUCAGCUACAAGUGAUCUUGACGCGAAUCUUUCCAAUUUAAAAAAACUUUUAAAUUUUGACACCACUAUUGAUCAAUCCACAUUAGAAGCAGAAGUGAAAUUCGUUAAGUGUAUCAGUUAUUGUAAUUCGGUGCUUUUAAAAAUCCAAUCCAUGUUGAAUGAUAGUGAUUCAAAAGUGAAUUUUCGAAAUUUCAAUGAGAUUGAAAAUCUGAAGGAUAUUGAUAAAUUAUUUGUUAGCGAUGAAAUGACACAAGAUAAAAUCAUGCGUCCUAAUUCAUAUUAUAUUUUACAGAAACAUUGUGCUAACUUCAAAUCAUCAUUAGAUAGCCUUAAAAAGUCAAGUAUGCGGUUUUUAGAGUCGUGUCCUGGAGAAGCAUUUUUGUAUUUUUCAAUACAAAUACUUCAAUGUUUCUUAAAAUUCCAAACGAAUUCAACAUGCAAAAAAAACACGGAUCAAAAUCCUUUUCUUGUCCUUAUCUCCCCUAUUAUUGAGAAAUUAGCACUAAAUUUUAAUAAAUGUUUUCAAGAAGAACAACACAAUGAAAACAGAACUGAUAAAAUGUCAAUGUUUUUACAUCCGAUAUUUGAAACAUCAAACGACGCAUGGAGUAAUAAAUGUUACUCUUCGCGACAAUUAACAAAUCCCGACACACCCAGUACAAGAAGUCGAAGUAGUGUAAGCAGUAAUGGAAGCCCUAAACGGUUUCAUAAACGGCAACGGAGACAUUUUUCAAAAGAUAUGCAUCAUAAAAAACAUCUUGAAAGAAAAACAUCUCAAACGGACAUGGAACGUUUAAACAAUUUUCACGCUACAUUACAACCUUCUUUAUAUCCAUCAGAAAAUCAACAAAAUAAAAAUGAUUUAAACAAUAUAAAUUCUUUAUAUAAUACGCCUUCAACCAAUUCAUUAAUGUCAUCCGAAAGGACGCAUAAUUCUUUAGUCUUUGAUUUAAGUGAUGCUCUAUUUGCUGAAAAUGAAUUACUGAAUCGGAUUCCCCCCCAUCUUUAUCGGGACGUACCUUUACGUCAUACACGAUGCAACUCAGAUAGAUAUUUUAAACAAUCUUUGGAGACAUUAAAAGGAGAAAAUAAUCGAAUGUAUGACUCGAUUGAAAAUCGAAAUUCCAAUGGUCCCAUACCAAAACAUAUAUCACCUAGAGAUAAAUUACUUUUACAAAUGCCAGAACACAUCAUUACUAGAACAGGAGUUAUUUUACCACCUUUAAAUUCUUGUUUAUAUUUAUCAAAAGUUGUAGGCGUCGUUUGGGAUCGAAUUCAUAAUAGUUGGGUGGUGAAUUAUACUUUUUUAGGAAAACGUUAUUUUCAACAUUUUCCAGCUAAAAAGUAUGGAUUUUUAGAAGGAAGACAACAUGCUAUUGAACUUAGAUUGGCUAAGGAUCAAGAAAAAUCACUUAUAGAAGGGAAUGUGCGUGGUGGUGGAAGACGCGCGCAAGGUGUUAAUUUACAACACCGCGGAUCCAAAUCUUCAUGGAAAUCAUCAUUGCAUCGAGACACACUGAAUUCUCAAUUAACGCGAACAUUCAAAACUUCACGCCCUUUUCGACGGACCACCAAAAAUUCGUCAUGCGCACGACGUUAUAGAUCACCCAAAAAAAUAAUCACAUUAAAGGAAGCGUCAACGCACUUGGAAAAUGUCAAUGAUAAGAUUGACGAGUCUGAAGUUUCACAAACGAAAAGUCCUGCAUUACAAUGUGUACCAAAAAAUGAAACAGAACAUUUUUUAAAUACGUCCAAAUCUGCGCCUGACGAGACGCAUUUAAUAGAAGAAUUAAAUUUAGAAGUGUCAAAGGACCGUCCAUAUACACAGCAAUCACAACAACAGCCUUGUCUUCAUCCAAAUCGGUCUCUUCAACAUACCACAACAAAUAUUACCAGUGAUACUACAAUGAAAACUUCCUUACCACUUGUUGAGCAUUAUACAACAUUUCCAUCCAUAACAAGUUUCAAAAGGGAAUCAUCAAAUUUUAAUCAAAAUUGUUUCUCAGUCGCAACUCGAGCCCCGUCUUCACUAACGCAUACCUCCUGUGGUUCCCGACCGUUACAAGAAACGUUAAAUUUAGCACUUGAUCAUGACCCCAUAAAAUCCAAGUUGUCAGCUUCAUCCAAUUUAUUACCAAACAGCUGUGUGUCUCAAAUGUUUUCUUUUAAUGCUUUACAAACCUUGUAUACUCCACAAACGACGCCACCUCAACAUGCUUCUCAAUGUCCUGAUCCUAUGUGUGGGCCCUCAGCUUUAAAUUCGAGUUUAUGUUGUGAUUCUGAAGGAAAAAAUGUCAAUCCAUGUGCAGAAACGACAUGCCAAUAA